CAACAGUUUUGUUUACGAAUUCGAACGGCUAGUGUUUUUUCUGAAAAGUGAAAUAUCUUGCUGCUUGUUAAACACGAAAAUGGUCAUUUAUGGAGUAUACAUUGUAAGCAAAUCUGGAGGGUUAAUUUUCAAUUUGGACCACAAUGUACCAAAGAUAGAAACAGAGCGAACGUUCAAUUACCCGCUGGAAAUUAACUUGGAGUACGAACCGAAAAAAGUAUCGGUUUCAUUUGGGCAAAAGGAUGGAAUAAACGUUGGACACGUCCUUGUCAGCGUAAAUGGUAUACUGGCAAACGGUUUGGCACUAGAAGACGGACGGGACAUCAAAGAGUUGAUAGAAAAUAAGGAUAAUUAUCCACUUACGUUAAAGUUCAGUCGACCGAAAAUGACAACCAACGAAAAGAUAUUUCUUGCCAGUAUGUUCUACCCGCUGUUUGCCAUUGCCAGUCAGCUCAGUCCGGAACCGAAAAGCAGUGGCAUUGAAAUAUUGGAAGCUGACACUUUCCGUUUGCAUUGCUUCCAAACGCUGACGGGCGUUAAGUUCAUGGUGGUGGCUGAGAACAUUCAGAGCGGAAUGGAUGUGUUGUUGCGGAGGGUUUAUGAAUUAUAUGCUGAUUAUGUGCUUAAGAAUCCUUUCUACUCGUUGGAGAUGCCUAUCCGUUGCGAGUUAUUUGACGUAAAUCUACAGGCCUUAUUGGAGCAAGUAGAAAAGAACGGUAUUGCUAGUAUUUAAAUAGGUUUUAGGUAAGCAAAAUACACUUAUAA